ACAACUUUACGACGCGGCUCGGCCUCCGAUUGGCCACAGCUGGUCACGUGACGUAGAGCCGUGAACAUGAACUUUUUAUAUAUAAUUUCCAAUAGCGGAAUAGAACAGCCUUUCAUUUAACGGUCCCGAGCUUCCACACGGAUGUUUUCACCAGCGACCUCCUACAUUUUAUGCCUCUCACAUCUCUCUCUCUUUUUUUUUUUGGAGUUUGGAGGGUUUCUUUUUCUUGACGAGACAGAAAUUCGCCAGAGGCUCGCCUUGGGACAUGACUGGAUCAUUUGGGUGCCCUAAUGUCGGUCCUCUGACACGUUUUGGCAAGAUGAGUGCAAGGAGUCCUGGUGCGUCACUGACCCCCUGGAGCCCCAGUUUCCGUCCGGGAACCCAGCUGGAGACUUAUCUCAGUAACUGCCCGCCUGCACCUGCCAACUCCCUCCCCUUACCGCCCCUGUUGACAAGAUUCUCCAGAAAAGAGGCCUUGUUGACGUGGACAGUGUGGAUAAGCUUUGUGAAGAGCUGCUGCAUCUUCAAGGGACACAGAUACAGUGUCCCACCUCGGACAUGGAGAGGAAACAGGACCUGGACGUGAUGGCUGAUGGCGAAGAACACGAAUUCCAGCCAAGUAAAUUCAGGCCAUCGCACGGUCUCCGAGACACCUUGAACUGCCUUCGGUUCACCCGAGGAGGCCAUUGGCGGAGAGGCGUCACGUGACCACAGGGUGCCAAUGUUAUUCUACAAGGGUGUCAAGACCCUGUCAGUUUCUGAAAUAAAUAUUGGGAAACGGCGAGAUGCAAAAGGCAACCUACUACGACAGCUCCGCAAUUUACAGUGGCUACCCAUAUCAAAGCGCAAAUGGCUUCAGUUAUGAUGCCAAUCAGGUCCAAUAUCCCCGGGCCUCUCAUGUGGAAAGUGAGUACCAUCGACCUGCCUGCUCCCUGCAGUCUCCUGACGGCUCCGUGGCUCUGCAGAAGCCGGGGGAGAUGGCGGAGAGCUGCGACAGGACCACAGCCAUUCAGGCGGCGCAGUCCAAGGUUCAUCCCGAAAGCAAUCAACCGCAGGUGCCGGUGUCAGGCCCACCCCCUUCCUCACAAUCCCCCGGUGCUAUCAGCCAAAACACAAGCAACGGGUCCAACCAGCCCAGCGCCAAGAACGGCUCCCCGACCUCUUCUACUCACGGCAAACAGAUCUUCCCCUGGAUGAAGGAAACCCGUCAGAACACCAAGCAGAAACCCACCAGUAGCGCCAGUUCAGUGGAGAGUUGUCCGGGAGACAAGAGUCCUCCGGGGUCAGCAGCAUCGAAGAGGGCCCGGACAGCUUACACCAGCGCCCAGCUAGUGGAGCUGGAGAAGGAGUUCCACUUUAACCGGUACCUCUGCAGACCCCGGAGGGUGGAGAUGGCCAACCUGCUCAACCUCACCGAGAGACAGAUCAAAAUCUGGUUCCAGAACCGUAGGAUGAAAUACAAGAAGGAUCAAAAAGGCGUCGGUAUGAUGCCUUCCCCUGGUGGACAGUCCCCUCGGAGUCCCGUGGGUCCGGGCUCUGGUGGCGGUGGAGGAUACCUCAACUCUAUGCAUUCUCUUGUAAACAGUGUACCUUAUGAAUCCCAGUCGCCAACGUCUUACAAUAAACCUCAUCAAAAUGCAUACGGUAUGGCCACGUCAUACCCCCCUCCUUUGAACAGCUCGCUCAACAACUGCCCGCCCUCCCAGAAGAGGUAUCCCGGGACCGACUCGGCCACGCCCGAGUAUGACGCGCAUCCUCUCCAAGGCAAUGGCAACUACGGGACGCACAUGCAGGGCAGCCCCGUUUAUGUUGGCGGAGGUUACAUCGACUCAAUGCCCAAUUCUGGGGCCUCCGUUUUCGGUCUGACCCAUCUCUCGCACCCGCCGUCCGCAAACAUGGACUACAAUGGAGCAAUCACAAUGGGCAACAGUCAGCAUCACGGAGUGUGUGAUCCGACACCGACGUACACAGACCUAACGUCGCACUACUCUCAGGGAAGAAUCCAGGAAGCGCCCAAACUGACGCAUCUGUAGCUGUGGUGCUGCCCGG